CAUCGGAGGAUACCAUACCACCAUCCAAAACCCCAAGCACAAGCCUAUCAACUACGUAACGAACUAACAGGCUACUAGUCACUAGAUUUCUCGUUUCUCCUAAACAAUGGUAGUGGAUUUUCGUGGGCCGCGACGGCAGCCGGAACACUUUUCCAAAGAACUCCGAAUCGACUGUUCGGACGGAACGAGUUCCAUGGAAGAUUCUGCCAGAACACGGACCCAAAUCCAAUCAUCGUCAAGUAUACACUCCAGUCCGGAUCCCGAAGAUUGCUACACGCCAGUACUCCCGUGCGACGACGUCGGAAUGCCUUGGAACCGACUGGACGCUGCGUUCGACAACGACCGCAUCCACCGUAGCCCAAGCGGUGGGGAUCUUUCUCCCGUGCUCCGAAUUUCCGGAUCGGUCGGGACCGAACACAAUCUCUCGAAUCCACUCUAUAUUGCCUCCGGAGAGAACGUGGCCGCGGCGGUGGCUCAAUGGUACGCACCCGGCGUGGGACCCGCCGAUGGUCCGGGCGGGAUGGUGCCCGGAACACCACGAACAAUUCUAAAGGUGCAAGCGCUCACCCGAUCAGCCGCACACGGGGUCGAGCUCGCGUUGCUUUUGCCUGCCGUUACCGGGUGUUCCGUAGACGAGCUACAGCUGCAGGACUUUGAUUGGCGAGUCAAUGAUGUCAAUGCUUUGUGUACGAGUGAUAGUGGGACGAAACGCGUACGCAUCCAACACGGCAGUAUGUCCGACGCGGCCGUACACGCUCUGGCUCGAGACCUAGUCACCGCACCGACACUUGGUGACGAUAAGCCGGUCAGCUUGCUACUGGAUCAAGUAGAUAUCUCUCCGAGGGCACUCCAGGGGUUGUUCGCUAGUGUGGCCCGUGCUCCGAAGUUGAUAUCCUUGGGGCUAGUUGCCAUGCAAAUGCGCAACAAUGUAUUACUUAACGCUUUCACGCAGAGUCUUUCCACCAACCAUAGUCUGCACGAGCUCGAUCUGUCCUGGAAUACCUUUUCACUCUGGCAGUGGAAAGAGCUCUGUCGCGCCGUGCGGGAGCAUUGUUCUUUGCGAAUUCUCAAACUCAACUGGAUUUCGCACGGCACCCAACAUCGUGACGACGAAUGCAUCGACGAGCUUUCCCGCACGCGGACCACGGCAUUGCUGAACAUGGUACAAGCGAAUCCCAACAUUCAAGAGAUUCAAUUGGAGGCGUUGAGAGAUUCCGAUUACGAUACAGCCCUUCUCGACUGCCUGCAGUCGGGCCUGACGGUCCGACGGCUAUACCAACAUCGUGUGGCCGCUCUAGCCGACCAAGACACCAGUGGUCACCGUAGAGCGCUCCUACUACAAUCGCUCGUCCACGCACAGCAGUCAUCCUGUCGGCACGAUUUGUUUUUUUGCAUUCUUACCCAAAGUACCGACGCUCUGGCGAUCGAGCGCGGACAACCGUUCGGCAGCUAG